UGCAAUUAGUCUAGUUUAGUAAUGCUGCUGGUCGACCAAGCAUGUUCACUCUGUUGGUGUGUUGACGUGAAUUCCCCUCGCAGUUCCCCGGAGCAGCGCACAGAACCACACCACCACCAUGCCUGAGGGUCCAGAGUUACACUUGGCCAGUCUGUUUGUCAACAGGAUGUGUGGCGGAGUGGUCUUCACCGGGCCAGUACAAAAAUCAGAGGUCAGUAAGAACCCUGAGGUCUCCUUCUCCUGCCCGGCCUACACCAUCAUCGCCACUUCCAGAGGCAAGGAGGUCCGCCUCACUCUAACCCCUCAGAAGAGUGACUCUGCCCAGGGGAGAUGCAGGCGGUGGGUAACCGAGAAGUUAAGAGGCGGAAUAGUCGCCACAAGGGGGAAGACAGGUCAGGUCAACCAGGUCCAGACCAUGGACAUCGUCCUCCGUUUCGGAAUGUCUGGAUUCUUCCGUUUCACCACAGAGGCGGAGCUUCCGAAACAUUCCCACCUGCGGUUCUACACCAAUGAGAAGCCCUGUAGGGUUCUGAGCUUUGUGGACACACGCCGCUUUGGCAGCUGGCAACCCAACGGGACCUGGCAACUCAACCGAGGGCCCUGUAUCAUGUUUGAGUACCUGAGCUACAGGGAGAAUGUCCUUUCCCACCUGUCCGACAGAGCGUUCGACCGGCCCAUCUGUGAGGUUCUGUUGAACCAGAAGUACUUUAACGGCAUUGGCAACUACCUGAGAGCUGAGAUCCUCUUUAGAUUAAACAUCCCUCCCUUUGUGAAGGCUCGGACGGUUCUGGAAGGACUUCAAACACAUCUGUCUGACGAGGACCGGAAGUCAGUUGUUAAAGUGGAGGUCAAAGAGGAGGUCACCAACAGAGAGGUCAAAGAGGAGGUCACCAACAGAGAAAUCUCAGACAGAGCUGCUGUGAAGGAGGAUGAGAGUGAGACUCCAGACCUGCUCCGUCUCUGUCACACAGUACCUCUGGAGGUCAUCAAGUUAGGUGGUAAAGGUUACGACCCAGAGAAUAUGGACUACACUGACUUUAAAUCGUGGCUCCAGUGUUACUGUGUGGAGGGGAUGAAGUCCGUAAGAGAUCACAACGGCAGAACUAUGUGGUUCAAGGGAGAUCCAGGUCCCAUGGCUCCUAAAGAUGCCAAAACAAAGAUGAUAGUGAAGAAAGAGGAUGACCAUGAUUAUAAAGGGGGAAAAAAGGUAAAGAAGGCCCGCUCUGAGAGCACGAUGAAGCCAAAAUACAUAAAGGAAACGGAAGUCCCUCAGAGACGGGCAGGAAGGAGGAAAUAAACAAGCCUCAGCAGAAGAGCCCCGGUCCAGAGUCCAGUGAGAUGAGGAGCUUUUUGAUCAUUUGUCCUUCAACUUUGCCUGCAUCGUGAUUUGUCAUGAUUUGUGAAUCCUCCGUGUUCCAGCCCCACAGACAUGGAGUGGGACCAGAAGCCAGACAGUAGAAGAAUAUUGUCCAUUUUCAUGCAGGAAACAAAAAAAUUAUAUAUAUUUUUUUUGCUUUCAAUCCAGAAGCUGCUAGGUAGAACAAGCAAGUAGCUGUAGGCACAGAGCUAUUACUGAACGGGGCCAUUUUAAAAAUAAAACUGUCUAUGUGUUCUAUGCAAGAGAAAUCCCCUUUUUGUACCAUGGAAUAAACAACGUUUGAUCUCA